AACGCCGCCCCGCCCGGACUACAGCUCCCGGCAGGCCCCGCCGCGGCGGGGGCGUCACGCAGCCCGGCCCUCCCGCCGGCCAAUCGGGCGCCGGGCGGCCGUCGCCGGCGGCCAAUGGCGUGCGGCCUUGGGUGGGCCGUGCCGUUGCUAGGGGCAGCGGCGACCCGGAAGUUGUGGCGGCGGCGGCGGCGGCGGCGGCGCGGCCCCGCGGGACCUGUGGGCCUCCGUGGGAGCGAUGGGCGGGCGGCGGGUCCCCCCGCGGCUCCGGGCGCGGCCCGGGAGCCAUGGCAGGAGCGUUGGUGCGCAUUGGUGACCAGCUCAUCCUGGAAGAAGGUUACGAUGAGACGUACGUUCCCAGCGAGCAAGAAAUCCGGGACUUUGCACGGGAGAUCGGGAUUGACCCUGAGAAGGAGCCAGAGCUGCUGUGGCUGGCCAGGGAAGGCAUCGUGGCUCCGUUACCACCCGAGUGGAAGCCUUGCCAAGACAUCACCGGUGAUAUCUAUUACUUCAACUUUGCUAACGGCCAGUCCACGUGGGACCACCCCUGUGAUGAUCACUACAGAGAACUUGUUGUUCAGGAGCGAGAGAAACUAAUGGCAAGCGGCAGCUUGAAAAAGAAAGAGAAGAAGAAGAAGAAAGAAAAGAAAGAGAAGAAAGACAAGAAAGAGAAGCAGUCGCUGAAGCCACCCACUCCCCCAGGCACCCUGCUCGCACCCGUCCAGGCGCCCCUGGGGAACCUCGCUCCGCUGCGUGGCCUCGCGGCGCCUCCGGCCGGCAUCCUUCGCGCCUCGCCGAGCUUGGACGUGGGCAGCUCGGCGGACUCCAGCCUCGGGGCCAAAGGAGAGACACAGCCUGCAGAGACCUGUAAGCCCACCGGCCAGGCCAAGAAGUUGCUGAGCUUGGUGUGCCAAGAGCAGAGCUCCUUGAAUGCGGCGGCCCUAGAUAAAGGGAGAAACGAGGAGGAAGAAAGUGAGAAUGAGAGUCUCCGUGGGACAGCAAGACUGUUCAAAAACCUGCACGUGGAUGUCAGCGCCCUGGGAGGCGGCUUUGACUCCGAGGAGAACAGCAAAGCAGAGGAGGAAGACUGUGGCGGCCGGCUAGCUGAUGCUGCUGAAGCUGAUCUCCGGCACCGGAGGAGUCCUGCCGAGGAAGCUGGCAGCCCGAGAGAGGUGAAGGAGUCUUUAAAAUCAAGACACGCUCAAGACGGACAAGAGUCUUCCUUGGAUUCUGACGCUGCGUGCCCUCCGACUCCAGUUCAAGUCCUUCCUGGAGAUGCUGACAGUAGCCUGUCUGGCCAGAACAAGGAGGAGUCCGCUGGGAAUGAGCUGCUGGGCAAGCAAGACGCUGAGGUGGAAGGUGACGUCUCUGCAGCUGAUGAGCUGCCACAGUCUCUGGGGGAGAGGAGCGCAGCAGGGACAGAUGUGCCCAGCGGUCCUGGGCAACCUCGAGCCGCGUCUCCAGCUGCUGAAGCUGCUGAGGCAGAUCAGCCGGCAAGCCUGGCUGCCGCCGCCGACACCGUGUCUGUUGGUGAAGAGGUAGUGAAGGAAAUGAGGGAAGAAGCAGCAGCUGAUCUGAAAACAGACAGCGGGCUGGAUGCUGGCAAAGUUUCAAAGGCGUCCGAGAGCAGCGACUGUGGGGAGGGCUUGCCAGUCUCCAACUGCUCGGACCGUGACCCGAUUCGGCCGAUGGACUUGGGCUUCCACAGUCGGCUUUCUGAGCAGGUGCUGGAUGUGGGGGUUCUGUCUCCUGCUUCGGACAGCCCCAUGUGCAAGGCCCAGGAGCUGGGAGAAGAGGAAAAAGACCAAAGCAAAGCCAGUAUAGAGGAAGAGCAAAGCAAAAGAACAAAAGCGGCUGAGAGCGGGAGGGAUCGAAGUGCUUGUGAAACACCAGAAGAGAAGAGUUUUGCUUUCCAAAAUCUCAGUCGGGAGGAGGCCGUGGCCCGGGAGCCGGAGGAGGGGUCGCUGGAUAGCCUAAUCGGUCUGGAGGAGCUUGCCGCCCUGCAGAAAGCGCGACCCGAGAAGGAAGUCAAGCGCGAGCAGCCCUUGAACCGGCCUAGUGAAGAAUCCCUGGAGGGAAUAGCCAAGGAGCUGGAGCUGGAGCUUGAGCAAGAGAAAAUGCAUUUAUUGCAAGCGAAAAAGGAGAAAAUUCAGCAAUUCCAGGAGGAGAUGAGGCAGCAGGAAGAAGAGGAAGCUGAGAAGCUUCAUCAGCAGAAAGAAAAAUCCCUCAGGUCUCUAAGAGAAGAUUUGGCAAAGCUUGCUGAGGAGGAAGAGUUGCGUGUCCGAAAGGAAGAAAGCGAGAGACUCUCAAAGCUGCGAGCCAAAAUCACCUCGGAGACUGAGGCAGAGAAGGAGAAGAUAAGGGCAGAGCAAGAGGUCACACUGCAGAAACUGAAAGGGGAAUGGGAAUCCCAGCAGCUAGUGGAGAAGGAGAGCCUGGAGAGGAAGCAGCAGCUUGUUUUGGAGAAAAUGAAGCUGGAAAUGAAGGCAGCUCAGCAGAAAGAGACGGCUGAGCUGGAACGAGAGAAGAAACAAUUCCUGAGUGAGCUCAAGGAGAGAUUAGACAGGGAAAAGAAGAAGGCAGCAGAAGAGCUAGAGAAACAGUUUGCGAUUGAACUCCAGCAGCUGAAAUCUGCGGCAGAAGAGAAGCAUCAUAAGGUCAUUUCCAGCCUGCAAGCCCAGAUAGCAGAGACACGGAGGAGCGAGGAGGCUCAGCUGCGUGAAGACUUGCAGAGAGCAGAGCAGAAAGUGCAGCAAAAAGCGUAUCAAGCGGCAGAAUACGAAUGCGAGCUCAGCGAGCUUAUGAGAGAGAAACGCCAGGAAGUGGAAAAAGACCACGAGAGGAAGAUGGAGAGGAUGAAAGAGGAGCACCGGGAGGUCCUGGCGCGGAUUCGGGAUCAGUGUGAGGAGGAGGAGAGAAAGCAAAGAGCGGAGCUGUUCGAAGGGCUGCGCAGUGAGAUGGCGCGCCUCCGGCAGCUUCAUGAAGCGGAGGUGAGAGCUCUGCAGGCAGAGCUGGAUGGGCGGCUCGCCGCAGCGCAGCACAGGCACAGGGAGAAGGAAAGAAAACUCCAGGCUUCGGAAGAGGAGCUGGAAACGCGUGCAAAGAACGUCAAAGCCAGAUCGGUGCAGCUCCUGAGCCAGGAGGAGUCUCUGAGAAAGAAAAGGCAGCAGCUGCUGGAUGAAGACAGACGGACUGAGCUAGAAAGAGAUGAAGCUGCCUUUGCUUCUCAGCUGCGCCUGGAGGAGAACAGGAGGGAGCAUGCCAGCCUCCUUGAGUCCAUCCGGCAACUGCGUAGGUCUCUGGAAGAGCUCCAGGACCAGAAAGCUGAGCUGGAGGCCCAGGUGGACUUGCUGCAGACGCGAAGCCAGAGGCUGCAGAAACGCAUCGGUGAGCUGGAGGCAGCUGUCAGGAGCAAACAGGAGACUCUGAAAGAGCUGGAGGCAGAAGGAGGUGUGGAGUCUCCAGGAAGGAGAGCUGAGCUCCAUGUUGAAGACCUGAGAGAAACUGUUGAAGCUCACUCGUCCAGAGAGCCUGCUUCCCCACCCUCUCAGAGCCGUGAGGACAGCGACUUCCAGUUUGAUCGUGUCAGGAGCUACAUCUCCGCGGAAGGGCUCUCCAUCAGGAACGCCAAGGAGUUCCUGGUGCGCCAGACCCGCUCCAUGAGGAAGAGGCACACAGCCCUGAAAGCUGCAAAGCAGCAGUGGCGCCGGGAUAUGCAGAAAGCCCAGGAGGUGGUGCAGGAUCCCGACAGCUCCCAGCUGCUGGAGGGCGUGCGCAAGAACCUGGAGGAGGAAGCGAAGCAGUUGGACAAGAUGAAGUCGGCUAUGCGGAAAGGACACGUGCUGCUGAAGAGGAAGGAGGAGAAGCUAAGCCAGCUGGAGUCCUCGCUGCUGGAGGAGCUUUCAGAUGAAGAUACACUGAAGAGUGCCGCAUGCAAGAAGAUGGUGACUUUUGAUCUCAGCAACUCUGAGGACACCAACAGCACAUCCAGCGUAAAUCUACAGCAGCCCCGAUUCGAUUUGAGAACCGAUUUCCAGCCCGGCCCCCAGCUGGACAAGAUCCAGUACUUGACAGAAUCUCUGCAGCGUAUCACUAACGAACUGAACGGGGUCCUUGGCAUCUUGGGCUCUCUGAGCAACCGCCAGUCUCCGCUCUUCACCUCGACGCCCUGCGACGGCAUCCCUCUUUCCACCUACGCCUCCUUGGCGGGGCUGCAGGGCGGGGGCUCCCCGGGGGCCCCCGCCGGGCUGUCUCUGGUGGACCAGUGGGCCUGGAGCACUGGGCUGAGCUCUAGUCGCUCUUUCGCGGCGGGACAGUCAGUGGACAGCAUCCUGGCAGAGAAGUGGCACAAAUAUUUCCCAGGUGGGUUCCCGUUGCUCAGUGGAAGUUCCAAGUCCCUGGACAGCAAGCUGGGAUACGUACCUGCAGAGGAUCAAAUACGGCUGUUCCAGCACUCCCAGUUCCCGAGCCAUGAGUCAGACAAGAUGAGUAUUCAAGGCAUGAUUGAGACCAACAAGAAGUGGCUAGAAGACUUCAAGAGGGACUCAAAAGUACCUCUCUUCCCAGGUGCACAGAAGCCCCCCGCCAGCAGCCCCAGCCUACUUCAGCUAGGACUGGAUGAAAACAGGCAAAUCAAAGUGUACCAUUACUAGAAGGUGGGACUUGGAGCCGGUGGGCGAUGGUGACGGGGGCCCGUGCAGUCUCCCUAAUGAUACAUUGGGUUUCAGUGAUGCCCAGCCAUCUCUGCUGUGUCUUUGUGCUGUGCCCUUGAAAUAAAGUCUCUCCUCAGGAGAGUGGAGGAAGGAGGAAGUGAACUUCCCAGGUGGAUUCUUCUAAUCCCCUAAUGUCUCCAAACAUACUUUAUAGACUCUUUAAUCCAGCGGUGAAAUAGCAGGGCUUCAAUAAAUCAACAGUGUUCUCAUUAGUAUUCCAA